AAGUUAUUAUUUCAUUCAAUUUAAUCCAGAAUGGAUUUCGAUCUUACAGGCGAAAACAGCGACUACAUGUUCUACUCGUUGCUCUACUGCAGUGUUACCAUCGUAUUUGCGACGGCAGUGCUAACUAAAUUCCUCACCAAUGAGAUCCGUUUCGGUUUCCGCUCUUUUUUAAGUUUGGUUACCUUGUUUCUCGGCGAACCAUUGUGCCAGUUCCUUGUCAAAGGUCCCCACGGAGUCGGAACCUUCGCCCUCGCUUGUAUGCUGGUCUACUGGAUUCUACCAGCGAGCCGCCUCCCCGCUAAAGACAAAGUUGUCCUCAUCACUGGUUGUGAUAGCGGAUUUGGUUUUGCAAUUGCUCAAAAAUUGGAUAGCAUUGGUAUGAAAGUCUUAGCUGGCUGCCUGGACCAGUGCGGCAAAGGAGCAACACAAUUAAAAAGUUCUUGUUCAGAAAGGUUAGUGGUCUUAAAAUUGGAUGUUACGAACCAUAGGGAUAUUGAAAAUGCGAAAAGCUAUGCACAAGAAUUACUUGGAGAAGAUGGUCUGUGGGGUCUUGUCAACAAUGCUGGAAUUUCUUACUUUGCUGAGACUGAAAUGACAUCUGAAGAAAUAUUCCAGAAGACAAUUAAUGUUAAUCUUUUUGGUACAAUUCGAUUGACAAAAGCAUUCUUACCUUUAAUUAGAAAAAGCAAAGGUAGAAUAAUCAACAUGGCCAGUUUCGUUGCAAGAAUUCCUAUCAACGGGACAAGUGCUUACUCUGUUUCUAAAAGUGCCAUUGUUGCCUUCUCAGAUAUUCUGCGUCUUGAAAUGAAAAAAUGGGACGUUCAUGUUUCCAUCAUUGAACCACUUGGAUUUCAAACGAACAACUUCAAUGAACAGGUUUUAGAAAGUCGACUCCAAGAAAUUUGGGACUCCCUAGAUGAAGAAUGCCAGUUAGUUUAUGGAAAACGAUACCUUGAAGAUCUUUACAAGUCAUACAAAGAAUUAUUGCCUAAGAUCCCUACAGACCUCUCUCCUGUAGUUCAAGCUGUUUCUGGUGCUCUUCUCUCAAAAAACCCACGUGAACGCUACCCUUGCAGCCAAGGAGCAGAUAUUCUUACAAGUAUAUACAGCAUCCUACCCAUCAGACUUGCUGACAAAAUAUCAAAAUUAGUAUCGGUGAUUCCUAAAAACUCACGACCGGUUGCAUUGGAACCAUCCUCUCACCUCGUACCCUAGAGGACUUAUUUCCUCAAAUGAGAAGGAAAACAUUUCUUGUGCUGUUGACUGUAACAUUUGGCUGUGUCUGUCAUGUGAGGAAAAAUUUUGGCAUUGGUUGAGAAUAUCUUUUUAUGUUCACACGUGGCCAAAUUCAUUUAAAAAAUUGCUAAUGUGUGUUUGUGGUUAGUUUCUGAAUUUGAAAGAGAAUCCGCAAUCGUUUCAGCUUUUUAAUUAUUGUAUCAAAGAUCAAAUUAUAAUGUGGCCAAUUCGCUAUUGAUCAUUUACCAUUAUUCAUCAUGGGACUGAAUUUUUCUGUAUCAGCAUUAGACAAUAUCUCUCAUUGAAUUAACUCUGCUGUGAUAUAUAUUUUAAGUCUUUAUAUCAUAUCUGUGAGUUUGUAUUAUUUUUCCUGCUCGUAUGUAUGCACACAUAUCUGAUUGUAUGUAUGUAUGUAUGCAUGUAUGUAUAUAUGUAUGUAUGCAUAUCUGAGUGUAUGUAUCUAUAUGUGUAUGUAUGUAUGUAUGUAUAUAUGCAUGUAUGUAUGUGUGUGUUUGAUAAGCAUUGUGAGAAUUGUCAUACAACAAACAAAUGUAUCAGAGAAGACGUUUGAUACACGAUAACUUUGAAAAUGUCAUUAACUUUUAAAGACAUGUUGUUAUGUCAUGACAUAAAACAAAAUAUUAAUGAAACAAUAGGAAUAUAUUUUUAAUAGCUUGACAUUUUUUAAUGUUACAUUAAUUAUCCUUGCAUCAAUUGUCUCCAACUUCCAAAGUAUUAAUUAAAGUUAUGCUGUUUCCAUAUUCUACCUCUCACUUUCUUCUUUGGCUUUAAAUGUGGAAGAGUAACUGAGCUAUUAUUAUGGUUGUUAUUAUUAUUAUUAGUGCCAAUAAUGUUGUCUUUGUUGGACGCACUUCCUAUGAAAUGAAGCAAUCUUCAGUGAGAGAUUCUGUCUCCUAUGCAUUCCUGUCUCCAUCCAUCUUUCUCUCGUUCAUCCCAUGAAAACUAAACCCUGCUCUCCUUGCAAGUGAUUCUCAAGAUAUGGAGGGGAAAACAUCCCGCACAAUCUAUUUAUUUUAAUUUUUAAAUCUUUUUCUUUAAACCAAAUGAACAAAUUUAAUUACACUUACCCGCCCUUGCAAAAAAAAAAAAAAA